CGGACGGCCGAGGUGGACGAGACGCUGUUCGGGGAGAGCCGGAGCCCCCAGCAGCCAUGCUCUGACAGCCCCAUUGUGACCCUCCAGGAUGUGCAAACUGCCCAGAAGGCUUCGCCAGCUGUUGGGCACAAGCCUGAGACCACUCUGCUCAUCACCAAGGACUUUAUCCGUGACCUUGUUGUCCCUACAGAGAAGCCAGCAGCAGCCCUGAUCAUGGGGCAGGAGGAUUUCCAGCGCAUCAAGGCGGCAGCGAAGGUGCUGAGCAAGGAGGAGCGCAGGGCCAGGCUGGCAGCCCUCGAGGCAGAGAAGGAAGCAGCUCUAGAGGCAGUGAGGGAGCGCCGGAGCGCGGCGCGGCAGGCGGCCGCCCGGCAGCAACAGACGGGGCCGCGGAGCGAGCUGGAGGAGGAGGCUCGGGAGCGCGCCCAGCACCUGCUGCAGAGGGCCAACAGGAUGCGCAUGGAGCAGGAGGAUGAGAUCAAGGAGUUCAGCGAGAUGAUCCUGGGUGCCAAGUGCCACAUGAUCCGUGAUGCACAGGUCCUGGAGAAGCAGCUGAUCAGCAGAGAGCUGGAGGAGGAGGAGAAGCGUCUGGACAGGAUGAUGGAGGUGGAGAGGAAAAGGGCUGAGGAGCUGCAGGAGGAUCUGGAGCGCAGGAGGAAGCAGGAGCUGAUUAGAGGCAGACAGGGGAUUGUGAGGCAGAUGGAGCAGAAUGCAGAGGAGCAGGCCCUGAGAGAUGCACAGAGGGAGCAGGAGGCACAGGAGCUGCUGGAGCACCUGGAGAGGCUGAAGAUGGAGGACCUGAAGGAGCUGGAGCGGAAGCAGGAGCAGCAGAAGCAGAUCCAGGCUGAGAUCAGACGAAUCAACAACGAGAACCAGAAGCUGAAGGAGAAGCAGAGGGAGCAGGAGAGGCUGGAGGAUGAGAAGGUGCUGGAGUACCAGAGGCAAAAGAUGGAGCUUGAGGCCAAGUUGGAGGCUGAGCAGGAGAGGCUUCGUGUGGAGAAGGAGAAGGAGCUGGCACGCCUGAGGGCCAUGCAGGAGCGGGCACAGGACCAGCAGGCAGAGCAGGACGCGCUGCGAGCCAAGCGCAGCCAGGAGGCUGCGGAGCGCCAGUGGCGCCGCAAGGAGCGGGAGGCGGCGCGGCGGAAGGCAGAGGAGGAGGAGGCUCUGAAGCAGAGCCGCCUGCAGCAGGUCGCCCACCGCCAGCACAGCCUGGCCGUGCAGAUGCAGCAGGACCAGCUCGAGUUCCAGAGGAUCCUCAGGGCCCAGCAGGAGCACCUGGAGAAGGUGAAGGCGGAGGAGGAGCGGAGGGCAGGCCUGCGGCUCGCCCAUGCCAGCGACAUCCGGCGCCAGAUCCAGGAGCGGCAGCAGCAGCUGGCACGGGAGCGGGCAGCUGCCUUCGAGGAGUGCCAGCGGCUGCAGGAGGAGGCCCAGAGGCGUAGCCAGUGCAUCGCCCAGCUCAAGCAGCAGAAGAUGCAGGAGCUCAGAGCUUCUGGCAUCCCUGAGAAGUACUGUGCCCAGCUGGAGCAGAGAGCUGGAGUACAAGCAGCCCCCGACCAGGCUCAGCCCCACCAGGAGUAG